GCCAGUGCAUGGCAGCCUUCUGAGGAGGGCUGAGAGUCGCGGUGCUGCGAGCGACUGGAGAUCUCGCACUCCGCGCCGCUCGCGACCUUCCCGGGCGCAAAAUGCGAAGAGGAUGGGGCUUCUGGGCCCAGCGGGAACAGCCCAGGGCCGAGCCCGCACCCCGGAAGGCCGAGCACAGGGCUGGAGCCCGGGAACCGCAGAGGCUGCAAGGCGCAGGCGCGGGGUACGGGGUGCGGUCCGAGGGGUGGAGCGCGGGUCUGCCGCCAACGGUGUGGAACCGGCGAUUGGGCCUGCGCCUUCCCGGGGCCGCUAUCUGGAGGCGCCGGGGGCGCAGCGCAUUCGCCAUGCACCAGCCGGCUGCAGAGCUGGGCCUGGGCGGCGCCGGUGAAGUGGCGGACGCUGAGGCCGAGCUGCUGCCGACGCUUCCCGCUGAACGCUAUGCUGGGCCCAGCGGAGACGCCGACUCUGUUACCAGCAGGCCCCAAGACCGCCACCACGUCUUUACCCUGAACAUCCCUUUUCCCUCGCCGCUGGAGGCCGAGAUUGCCCGCGGAGCCCUAGCGCCAGACCGGGAGCCUCACCGCGCGGCUGUGCACAAAGAACUUGGCGUUGUGGGGAACACGCUCAUGGUCCUCUGGAGAGCGGAGAACAUGCAUGCCCUGCGAGUUUCCGUUCUGAACUUCAUGGACCAUCUGUCUCUGGUUCUGCGGACUUUGCAGCGCUUUGGUCCAGCCUUCUCUCGUUAACGCCU